AUGCUGUCGACGACGAAAGUGCCGCCACGCGUGGCAGCGAACGUGGCGCCGCCGCAGUGGGCGACGCUUGGUGUUGGAUCUCAUGUGUCAGUGUCGGCCGUGUGGCAGGGCGCGCGCGGUUUGGGGGGCCUCCUGCCCGUCAGCUCGUGCUCGCCCGGAGGAUCCGACUCACCCGCGACGACCAACUCCGGCGGCUCCGCCGCGUGA